AGACCUACCCCACCACCUAGUGUCUUCCUCUUCCUCGAGACAUUUGACCUCUCUCUCUCUCUUUACCCCUCACCCGGCACCUCGACUCCCGAAAACCCCACUCGGAACCAACGACUCUGGCAAAGAUGGUCGACAACGAUAAACAAUCAUCGAUCCCCCUGCAAUCCAUGCAAAAGCCCGAGGAUGUCGACGAGUUUAGCCCGAACGAUACUCUCGAGAUCAAGCUGGAACCUUCCCGCACGUUCACCACCCCGGCUCAACCUAAAAAGAUCAACAUCCCCGCAUGGCUCAUCAUUCCCAUCUGGAUGGGAUGUUCCGUUUCGGUGAUCUUGUACAACAAGUACAUCUUUUCCGAGCUCAGUUUCGAGUACCCGAUCUUUUUGACCACCUGGCAUUUGAUCUUUUCGGCCAUCGGAACGAGGGUGUUGCAGAGGACGACCACGUUAUUGGACGGUGUCAAGGAUAUCGACAUGCCCCGGGACAAAUGGAUGAGGUCGAUCUUGCCCAUCGGAGUGCUUUUCUCGGGAAGCUUGAUUCUCUCCAACUAUGCCUACCUCACCCUGAGCGUAUCAUUCAUCCAGAUGCUCAAGGCAUUCAACCCCGUCGUCAUCCUCUUGAUCUCGUUCGCUUUCAGGCUGCAGGAGCCCAACCAGAGGCUUAUCGGAGUCGUCGCUAUGAUCUCGCUCGGAUGUUGCACUGCCGCCUACGGUGAACUGCACUUUGUCUUGACUGGUUUCAUCUGUCAAGCCUUGGCCCUCUGUUUCGAGGCCUCGCGAUUGGUCAUGAUCGAGAUCUUGUUGCACGGCAUGAAGAUGGACCCUCUGGUCUCGCUCUACUACUACGCCCCCGUCUGCGCCGCUCUCAACUUUGUCAUCAUGCUCCUCGUCGAGGGUGUCGAGCCGUUCUACCACCUAGAGCGAGUCGGAGCUUUCGUCCUCUUUACCAACGCCGGGAUCGCUUUCGCUUUGAACGUCGCGGCCGUCUUCUUGAUCGCCGUUGGAUCGGGAUUGGUUUUGACCUUGGCUGGUGUGCUCAAGGAUAUCCUCCUCAUCUCGGGUUCGGUCCUUGCCUUCGGAUCGACCAUCACCGCCAUCCAGGUGUUUGGAUACUCGGUCGCCCUCGCCGGUCUCGUCUUGUUCAAGACGGGCGGACAGAAGAAGUAGACGGCAAUAGCGGAGCAAGAUGCGUGCGGAUCGAUCGGUCUGGCAACAACGGACGUGAAGGUCGGGAGACGGGGAACCAUAGGACAGGCUGCACGACGGAUUUCUUUUCUCUCUUUCCGGUUCAUACACCUACACAGGAUACAUACAGCUUCCACGUGGACGAGUUCAAGGCAGGGACGGCUAGGCUAAAUGUCGUCUGUCGUUUCCCACUCGAUCACCUUCUCUCUGAUUCGCAUGAUGGGUUUCACUUCCACCUUUCGGUUUUUCCUUGUUCGAACAUUGGUGUAGCUCUCUCGCACAUGCCAUUUCACUAUAGAUUUCCAUGAGAUGCUCGAUGCGAUGACGUCGUGGUUUCCAAAGUCUUUGGGCGCGCGCGCGCGUGGAACCGAGAUUGAUUGAUGUCUUGAAGCGGAGAGGAGGGGGGGCCAAGGUUCCACAAAAACACGAAGAGUGGAUUACGAUAUCGAC